UUCCCAUAUAAGCUGUCACAAUCGCGGCACAGAGUCACCCUUAUCUUACUGAUAAACUUUUGACUGUAAUCCUGAAUUUUAUUUCGAUUGCAAAACUAAUAGGGGGCUAUAAAGCCUUAAAUAAAUUCUUCUUCCGUUUUUCUAAAUAACUCCCCUAAAAUUACUGAAUAGCUUUAGAGAACACUAAGUGUACUAUUCAUUAUUUAUAUCCGUCCCCAAGAUCAGAUACUCCUUUCUAUCCAUCAAAGUCUAUUUUGUUCUUAAUAUAAAUGGAGAUAGAGUGUAAAGUCAUCAUUCUGGCACUAAUCAAUAAGAUUUGAAAUCAUAUGGAUGGGUAUUGCUAGAGAAAUGCCCAUUAUGUAUUGAAUGUGAACUUUACAAUGAGUCAAAGGCGCAACAGACAAUCCAAUACAGAAGUUGAUAUAUCAGCACUGGAAGAUGCAAUUAAGGAAUGUGUUCGGUACAUAAUUUGUCGAGAAGGUAGUAAAAUACCAAUAAAAAGAGGUGAAGUUUCUAAACAUCUUGCUGCAACCUGUCACACUACACCCAAUCAAGUAAAGACUGUUCUAAUUGAAGCAGACAAGAUACUGAAACGGGUUUAUGGAUACAAACUAGUUCAAGUGGACUCUCAAAGUGGUGUACCAUACAUAGUAGUACUAACAGAAGAAUGUGAAUCCCUGCCAUCACCUGUCACAGAUGUUCAACACAGAACUAUACUCAUUGCUGCACUCAUGCACAUCUUUAUGACUGGGGCUCCAAUCAAAGAAGAUGACAUGUGGAAAUUCCUAACUGAAGCAGGUCUUAUGGAGAAUGAGAAUGACCAGACAGUAAGGAAACUGCUGACCCAUACAUUUACUCGGCAAAUGUACUUGGAAUAUACCAAGGAAGGUGAGGAUGAUCUUGCUAGGCAUGUCUUCCAAUGGGGCGCUCGUGCCGUCGAAGAAGUACCAAAACCAUUUCUUCUAGGCAAAAUGGCAGAGGCGUUUCAAAAAGAACCAGAGUAUUGGGGUGAGCAGUACAAGAAUGCACAUCAAGACACAGAAGUCUAAUAAUUUGUAAAAAUCAAAUAAUUAUACCGUUAAUAUUACUUAGGUACAAAAUGUGAUAAAUAAUAACCUUAUCAUUUGUUUGAAAGAGAUACUUUCACUAUGUACAUAUUUUAAAAUAGUUAAUUUUGUCAGGAAACAAAGUACAGCUUAUUAUUUUAUACUUUUUUAUGUGUAAUACGAAAAUACUAGGAAGCAAUAAAAGUAGUGAUCUAGUUCCUCCUUGUGAUUUAUGAAAUGGAUUUGUUAAUUUGCAACUCUUACUAUAUCUUGUCCUCUUCAUUUAUAAUGCAAUUUCGUUUUGUAUGUCUUCAAUUUAAUCACCUAUUAUUAAUAAAUAAGUUGAUUUUUAUUA